AUGGGACCCAGGACGCUUUGCCUUUUGCUGUUGAUCUCUGUAGGGGCCUCGGAGUUGGAAGAGCACUUUGAUCCAGCUAAGUGUCGGUAUGCGCUUGGCAUGCAGGAUCGGACCAUCCCAGAUGAAGCUCUCUCGGCCUCAAGUUCAUGGUCUGAUUCAACAGCUGCAAAACACAGCAGGCUGGCCCUGAGUGAGGGCGAUGGAGCUUGGUGUCCUGAAAGACCCGUCUAUCCCAAUGACGCAGAGUACCUGGAAGUAGACCUGCGCCGGCUGCAUUUCCUGACCUUGGUGGGGACACAGGGCCGCCACGCAAGUGGUCACGGCAAGGAAUUUGCUCGCUCCUAUCGGCUCCAUUACAAGCGGGAUGGGCACCAAUGGAUGCCUUGGCGUGACCGGUGGGGAAAUGAGGUGAUUUCAGGCAAUGAAAACACAGAUGACGUGGUGUUAAAGGAUCUGGGCCCUCCCAUCAUUGCCCGCUAUAUCCGCUUCUACCCCCGUUCAGACCGGGUCAUGAGUGUCUGCUUGCGAGUGGAACUCUACGGCUGUGUUUGGAAAGAUGGCCUUCAAUCCUAUACGGCCCCUUUAGGUGAGGUGAUGCCUUUGGUCCCGGACCCGGUCUACCUGAACGACUCCACUUACGACGGGUCCAGUGUCAGCAAGUUACACUUUGGGGGUCUUGGCCAGUUGACGGAUGGAGUGGUGGGACUGGAUGACUUCACCCAAACCAAAGAGUUGCGUGUGUGGCCCGGAUAUGACUACGUAGGCUGGAGUAGGCGGUCUUUUCCUGAUGGCUUCGUCAAGAUGGAAUUUGAAUUUGACCAACUCAGAUCCUUCACAUAUAUGAAGGUUCACUGCAGCAACAUGUACACACAUGGCGUGAGAGUCUUCCAUCAGGUGGACUGCCUCUUCAAGCACAGCCUUGCCACUGCUUGGGAGGCUGACCCUCUCUCCCAACAGUAUUCGGUGAACGUCGGGGACCCCAGUGCCCGCUACUUCACUGUGCCCCUGGGUGGCCGAAUCGGCUUGUUUGUCCAGUGCCAUUUUUACUUUGACAGCGAGUGGAUGCUCUUCAGCGAAGUUGCCUUUCUCUCAAAUGUUGUGGAUGACCCCUCUCUUCCUGUUUCAAGUCACUACCCUCCAGUGGUGGCCCCACCUCACCCUUCAGGCCCUUCUUUUUCUAUAUUUCUUCCCUUGUCAGAUCUUGAGGGCGAAGCGAAAUCUGGCCAGCCAAUCGCAAAGGACGACAGCAGCAACACCUCCAUCUUGAUUGGAUGCCUGGUGGUCAUCAUCCUUCUUCUCCUGGUUGUCAUCUUUCUCAUUCUCUGGCGUCAAUAUUGGCAAAAGAUUUUAGGAAAGGCUCAACGGCGCAUCUCUGACGAUGACCUCACCGUCCACCUCUCUGCACCGAACGAUACUAUUGUCAUCAACAAUCGUCCUCUCCCCCACCACCACCACCACCAUCACCCCACCUCCCCCACCCCCUCCCUCCCUCCCUCCCUCCCCCUUCUCCCGACAGCUCUGCUGCUCAGCAACCCGGCUUACCAUCUCCUCCUGGCCACCUAUGCCCAGCCAAUGGGAAGGCCUGCUUUCCCGCCACCCAGCCAGGUUAAGCCAAUCAACACCAAUGCCUGCGGGAUCGACUACACGGAGCCAGAACUGGCUGCCAACCAGCCAAGUUUCCAGAACAGCGUGCCACAUUACGCCGAAGCCGACAUCAUCAACCUGCAGGGAGUGACUGGGGGGAACACAUACGCUGUCCCUGCUGUCGCGGUGGAUGCCCUUGCUGGCAAGGACAUGGCAGUGGGCGAAUUUCCCCGGGAACGGCUGAUCUUCAAGGAGAAGCUAGGCGAAGGGCAGUUUGGAGAGGUCCACCUGUGUGAGGUGGAGAACCCUCAAGAUCUGCCAAGCUUGGAAUUCCCUUUCAACGUGCGCAAGGGGCGCCCUCUGCUGGUUGCUGUGAAGAUUCUACGCUCGGAUGCCACCAAGAAUGCCAGUUUCUCCUUAAGUUCUAGGAAUGAUUUCCUGAAGGAGGUGAAGAUCAUGUCUCGCCUGAAGGACCCUAACAUUGUGAGAUUGCUGGGUGUGUGUGUGCGGGACGAUCCGUUGUGUAUGAUCACAGAGUACAUGGAAAAUGGGGACCUCAACCAGUUCCUGAGUGGCCAUGAGCUGGAAGACAAGCUGGGUGGCAGCCCCAGUGGGAGACCAACCAUCAGCUAUCCCACUCUGGUCCAUCUAGGGGCUCAGAUAGCCUCAGGGAUGGCGUUCCUUGCCUCCCUCAAUUUUGUGCACCGGGACUUGGCAACCCGAAACUGCCUGGUGGGCGAAGGCUUCACCAUCAAGAUCGCCGACUUCGGCAUGAGCCGGAAUCUCUAUGCUGGAGAUUACUAUCGCAUCCAAGGCCGAGCCGUGCUCCCGAUCCGCUGGAUGGCUUGGGAAUGCAUUCUCAUGGGUAAAUUCACCAUGGCCAGCGACGUUUGGGCCUUUGGCGUUACGCUCUGGGAGAUCCUCAUGCUGUGCCAAGAACAGCCAUACAGCCAGCUCACGGAUGAAGCCGUAAUCGAGAACGCCGGCGAGUUUUUUCGGCAUCAGGGCAAACAGGUCUAUCUCUGCCGUCCGCCUGCCUGCCCCUUGGCUGUCUACGAGAUGAUGCUGAGAUGCUGGGCACGAGAGGCCAAGGAUCGUCCAUUGUUCCAACACCUGCACUGCUUCCUGGCUGAAGAUGCCCUCAAUAUGGUGUGAACCAGACCAGCACUGGCCAAUCGGAGGCUGUGUUAAGAAGUUGGACAGCACCAUAGAGACUGCUGGAGACCGGAUGUGGCUCAGAGGCCCUCAUGCUUGGUAGCAUUUCUGUGGGACAUUUGGUUGUUCACUCUGGCCCAGCCUUUGCUCAUCCAAAUCUCACCAUUCACCCUCCAAUAUGUAGUUCUCUUUCUACCCUCGUUUUCUUUUUUGCCUGGUCAUCUCUAA